CGGGUCGGUUCAGUUUCGGUUUACAGAGUUACGGGCGGGACGAGGCUUCUUCCUCCAGUCACCGCGAGCAGAUCGCGCAGGACCGGCGACGUGAUGAAGACUUGGGCGUUGCGCUCGAUAAAGUUUUAAGUGUUUGCGUUGGGGGAAGGUGGCCGCGGUCUGAGCUGCGGAGCCAUGGCCUGCGGAGGCGGAUUGGACGGCGUGGAUAUGAACUCCAUCCCUCUCGUUGCCCUUAAUUAUAACGUAAGGCAGCGUCUGUCCCUCUACCUGAACCCAAGCACGGUGGUCGCCUCCGACUGGACGCACCUGGCCGAGGAAAUGGGUUACGAGUAUCUGGAGAUCCGGAACUUGGAGAGAGCGGCCAACCCCACCACGGCGUUACUGGAGGACUGGGAGAGAAAAUGCUACCGAGCCACGGUGGGCGGACUGCUGGAGACCCUGAAGAAAAUCGAAAGGAAUGAUAUCCUCACAGACCUGGGACCCCUCGUAGAGGCGGAUUGUGAGAGGUAUCUGAGGAAGCAGCAGGAGAUGCGUCUGCGUCCUCCCCUACAGGUCGAGACCGUGGACAGCAGCGUGUCGCACGGGAUCACCAUAAGUGACGAUCCCACCGGUGCCGUCCCGGAGCUGUUUGACGCCUUCAUAUGUUACUGCGCCAAAGAUAUCUCGUUCGUCCAGGAAAUGAUCGUCCGCCUGGAGCAGACGGACCAUAAGCUGAAGCUGUGCGUUUUCGACCGCGACGUCCUCCCGGGAUCGUGUGUCUGGUCCAUAACCAGCGAGCUCAUAGAAAACAGGUGCAGGAAGAUGGUGGUUAUAAUAUCCGACGAUUACUUGGACAGCAGAGAAUGCGGCUUUCAGACCAAAUUUGCUUUGAGCCUCGGCCCAAGUGCCAGCGAGAAACGCUUGAUUCCCGUGAAAUAUAAGCCCAUGAAGAGACCGUAUCCGAGUAUUUUGAGUUUCAUCACGGUGUGCGACUACACCAACCCCUGCACGAAGAUCUGGUUCUGGGAAAGGCUUGCCAAGGCUCUCAAGAAGUAACGUUCCUCUACGCUUGUCUUGAAGGAAUCCUUUUUUUUGGUCGUUGUUGACGAAAAGGAAAGAAAAUGGGUUAUUUUACAAUCAUCGCUCUCAGGACACGUUCUUGUAAAUAUUUUAUAUAGUUCUCUGGAAACAAAGAGUUUAUAAUAAAAGUAAAGUACGAGGCAACAGAUAAAUGUUAAUUUCUCAAAGUGUAAAGGUGAAUCAUGGAAGUGCUGAGUAAGCGUCUUCUAUAUAAAAAUGCAUUAUUACUGUUUAUUUUUAAUCUCUAAAAUAUAAAUGACGGUUUGCGUGCCUUGAUAUUUGUGCUUGGCCUUCCAGCCCCUAGGGAAGCAAUUUCCAGUUGCACGACACUCUUGAGCACAUCCUGAGAAAGUUUGUGUAUAGAAGAUCAGGAAGAGUGCGAAGGAAUUCUGCUUCCCCCGUGUGCCAAAUAUCAAAAGCUACCGGUUCAGAAAUGCACAUCUGUUAAACUACAAUGAGCCCCUGCUUUAACCCCUUAAG